AUGGCUUCCAGCAUCAAUAUCUCACGCGUCACCGCCUCAUUUGCCCUCUUCUCUCUCCUCCUCUCCACCGUAGCUGAUUCCUCGGUGGCCAAUUCCCCGGUCGCCAAUGCCCCAGUCGCCGCCAAUGCCGUAGUCGCCGAUUCCUCAUUGGCCAAUUGCAGCAGGACAUGCAAGGCAGAGUUGUGUGACACAAUGGGAAUCAAGUACGGGAAGUAUUGCGGAGUAGGUUAUUGGGGUUGUCCAGGCGAGAAACCGUGUGAUGAUAUUGAUGCUUGUUGCAUGGGUCAUGACGAAUGCGUUGAUCGAUUCGGAAUGACUCAUGUGAAAUGCCAUAAGAGAUUGAAGAACUGCCUAAUAAGGGAACAAAAAGCCAACAAGGUUGGAUUUUCGAAAGAGUGUCCGGCCAAUGUCGCCGUGCCUACCAUGAUAAAAGGCAUGGACUUGGCCAUCUUGUUGAGCGAAUUGGGUGGCAACAUGCCUGAUAUUGAAAAAUUUAUUUAA